UAAAAAACCGGUCGGUGGAAACACGUUCUUCCUCCUCCGCGCGCGGACUCGGUUUGCUUCCGCCUCGCCCAUCACUCCUCCCAUCCCUCUCACCCAUAAAUAGAAAGCCAAGUUCCACGAGCCCCUUCUAUCUCUCUCUUUCUCUCUCUCUCUCGCGCGCACACAAAUUAGAAACCAGCUCCAAAUCCAAAUCCGUGCACCGACGAUGUUCUUCCAAGAAAGCUACCAAUCCCAAACACCACCCACCACCCAUCCCCUCUCCUCCCACAGAGACGUCACCUAUAGCUGUGGUUCUUGUGGGUUCGCCUUGAAUCUGAGCUCCUCCAACCGGAAUACGACGAGCAUCGGUUCCAAGUACGGGAAAGCCAUCAAGAAAGGGGUGGUAUCCUUCUUUUCGAUAGACGAGAGCAGAUUCUCUCAGGCUGACGAGCUUCUCUGCCUGCCCUGCAGCUUCAACUCCAAGCACUCGUGGGGGCUGUUCGGGCGGAGGACCCGACUGCUCUGCCGCAAGUGUGGAACUUUCAUCGGCAGCGCUUCUCCCAUCGGGCCGAACAGCUGCAGGAAGUAUAGCAUCAAGAUUAGUGCAUUGCAGCCAUCCUCCGCCGACGAGUCCCCUGUUCCUCCUCCCCGCGCAUGAUGGGAAUUGCAGACAGAGGGCUUUGCUCUGUUUGCAAUUUAUUCGCUCUUUCAGGCCUCUUUGUGCCAAAACAAUUCUUUCAUCGUGGAUAAAUGCUCGCCGUUGUGAUCUUAAUCUGCCUUACGAUGCGUGCUCGUGGUGAUUUUUAUGAGAAAAAAAAGGGAAAAGUUUCUUUGUAUGAUUGGCAUGUUUAUUUUUUUUUUUUCCUUAAACGGUUCCUUUCUUCUGCAAUUUCAUUCUUGGAUAAAGCGACGCUGGAAUUUCUUGGAUAGCAUUGGUUAAAAUGCUUAAUCAGAAGUUGGGCUGUGAUCGUUGCGGUGGUUAUAUCUUGAUUAGGCGCCUCUCUGGAAAAGGAACUAAAAGAAGGUGUCGGCAGAUUGUGAAUGGAGUAAAGCUUCCAGGCAAUCAAUCAUGUGAUGUAUCACCGGCAAUCUAGAUGCAAUAUUCAUAUUUAAUCCAACUUUCUCAACUUUGCAUCCAA